UGUGCUUUACCAUCAUCAGUGAUAUUUUAUUUGACUUACGAUCUAGUCAGUGUAGACGGAGGCAGACAGUCACGGUCUUAUCGACAGACAGACACAACACAGUAAUCGAAAAGCGGUCGUAGAUAAUUGAUCUUUAAGAUCUUUUUGAAGUUCGAAAGAUCUUAAAUUCGCACACAUCUAGUCUAGGUAUUCCAUUCCAGAUCUAUAAGUCUCAAAUGGUUUCGGUUUGAGUUCGAGUUCGAUACAACAUCAACAUAAACCUCAACGUUUAAAGUUUAAAUAAAAUAAUAUUAACGUAAACAACUCGAACACUAUCCCAGUAUAGCAUCUUUCAUACGUUAUACUCGAAAGCUAAAUUGAAUGUUGUCUAUCGCAAAAUCGUGUUGGUGGUAAUUAUUUGUUAGAUCGUUUCUAGUAUCUAGUUGGUUAUUUUAAGUCAGUUGUCAUUGUUUACUCCGACAAAAUACGUCGUAAGUUUAAUUACUUUUGCCGCACACUGUCGCCGCCGCCGCCGCGUCAUAUCGGUUUUUAAUUAUAUUUCAACAAACAAUUUUAAUAAUUACAAAUUACAACGAAAACGACAACGUUACACAUGUCAUUAUUUUUGUUCGUGUCAUCGUAACCUUAAAGACUAAAAUAUUGUAAUACUAAAUCAGUUCCAAGUUCAUUCUCAAGGAAAAAAUAAAUCUACAGCUCUCUAAUUCAAUACUAUAAUCAUGGCUGGACCACUACUCAACACAUGCUGCCGCUGCACAUCGCUACGGACGGGCUCAAUCAUAUCCGGACUCUUGGCUAUAAUACUUUCUAUCUUAACAAUCAUAGUGAUCUUCAUAACCCGAGUGGAAUUCAAAACCAUUCUCUUGGACUGGCUACCGUCGAGUGUGGUUAAAAUUAUCCUCGUGAUCAAUUUGUGCAUGACAAUUCUGAUAUCAACACUAAUGAUGGUCGGAGUGUUAAAGAGAAAUCAUUACCUUAUGCUGCCAUGGGUUGUGCUUGGAAUUAUGAUCGCACUUGGCCUGCUUAUUUCAGUUAUCUACACAGCGGUGAUGUUCUUUAUCGAUGGUUUUGUAUUAACCGGAGUGCUGUGGCUUAUAUUUGGAUUACUUUGUGUCGUAAUCCUAACUUAUUGCUGGUGCGUUGUUUACAGUGAGUACUAUGCACUUUCAGAUGAAAGCUCAAGAGGACGUUACAACAAACAACCAUACCGCCGUUAAGUUCGUCAAGCCAAUAAUAAAUUAUAUAAACACAUUUUUUUAAUUGUUAACUUUAUAAUAUUUAUAUAUUUUAAUAUUAAAACUAAUAAAAACAAAUAUUAUUUAUUGUAUGUAGUAAUUUUAAUAAUUAAUAUAAUAAUUGUUGAUAAUAACUACAAAUCAGUAGAACGUAAAAUUAAAAUAAAAUUUAUUUGUGAAACUUAUCUCUGACGAAAAGAAGAACUUAAUAAUGAAAUGCAAUACUCACACACAUUUAAAUACAAAUAAAAAGAAAUUUUGACUAUAA